AUGCAAACAGCUUCCCCAAGAAAUUCUCGAAAUCUCAACAGCAAACACCUUAAGCUCGCAACCACCGGGGGUCCGAUUACCACCCAAUCCUUCCGUGUGUUCUACUCUUUCCGACCUUCCAACCCCUCCAACUCCAUCCAAUCUCACAAGGAGACAAACCUCUCCAAAAUGGCACCAAGCCACCUCCUCCGGGCAACAAUGUCUCUCCGAGCCUCGCUCACAACACCUCUGUCCCUGGCACGCCCCUCAAUUCUCCAAUCAACCACAUACCUCACUACUCUCCGCACCGCUUCAACAUCAUCCACACCCAAAACCACCGGCACAGACACCCAAGCGCCAUCCCGCCUCCGCGCCUACGCCUCGACCCUGAAAACCGGCACCGUCGUCUCCGUCGGCCGGAUGGACCGCACCGUCCGCGUCCUGCACAAACACAUCACAUGGGACAGGCACAUCCGCAAAUACUACGGAAAGCAAACGCACUUCCUCGUGUCGGACCCGCAGAACUCACUGCGCGAAGGCGACGUAAUUGAGUUUUCGUCCGGUGCCCCGAAGAGCAAGCACGUGCGCCAUGUCGUCGAGCGCAUCGUUACGCCCUUCGGCGUGGAAAUCGCCGACCGCCCAUCUGUGCCGUCGAAGGAGCAGCGCGAGGCUAAGCGCGAGCAAUCCUGGGCUGAGAAGUAUGUCCGCCGCGAGUCGAGACGUCUCGGGAGGGAGGUCGAUCUUGUCGAGGAGGCUGAGAAGGCGGGCAUUCCUGUCGAGGGUGAGAUCCCUGCCGCGCUUCUGAUUCAUCGUAUCCAUGCGAAUAACGAGCGUGUCGGGAAGCUGAAGAGCCUUGUACUGGAGAGGGUGGAGAAGGAGAAGUCGCUGGAGUGA